ACCCAAAUGUAUUCUAUUUCACCUAAAACAUAACAGUUCUCCGGAUGAGUAGCUAUCUCAACCAUAUGGGAAAGGUGUGAAUUAUCAUAUUUAAUGUGGACGUUGGAAUGUAACCGGGGAUUAUUGCCUUGUUCAGUGCACUGAUGUGGAUCCUACCUGUUUCACACAGCCACCCUUGACGAACUGCUGCGGUUCCAGUAUCAAACCUCAAGAAGAACCUUCCUAGAUUCAACGGCUAUUCGUUCAUCGCGUUUGGAGAUACCAGUAACCGUGGUCGUUAUUCCAGAAAUCCAAUAGAAUUAACGUUUCAGCCGUCGCUCCAUCUCUGCAAUUUAGCCAAUACUACCUGGUGCUGCUAGUACAACGGACGGAAACGAGGACGAGAGGGGGAGACCACCUUGCGACCUGGAAAUCUUAUAAACACACUUUAUAGGGAUUUUGGAUUUCGCAACCAUUGACAACCUUUUGCACACCAAGUGUGUUAUUGUGUCUAUGUCCUUUUUGGGAUACAUAGUGGUCUCAUUGUCUUAUCUAUAGCAAGUGCCUUAUAACUGGUAGUAAUCCAGAAUUUGGGCACUAAUCCUACGACAGAGACUCAUUCAGUGAUUAACACAUAUAACAGCACAGGAUACCCCUAUCCCGAUUUCAUGAUGAGUCAAGGGGAUGUAUCAACUUGCUCUGCGCCUCAGAGGGUAUUCCAAGAGGCGGUGAAGAAAGGCAACACAAAAGAACUCCACUCGUUGCUCCAGAACAUGACAAACUGCGAAUUCAAUGUCAACUCCUUCGGGCCCGAAGGACAGACGGCGUUGCACCAGUCAGUCAUCGACGGGAAUCUCGAACUUGUAAAACUGCUUGUGAAAUUCGGGGCAGAUAUUCGAUUGGCGAACAGGGAAGGCUGGAGUGCCUUACACAUUGCCGCUUUUGGAGGACACCAAGACAUAGUCCUAUACCUCAUCACUAAGGCAAAGUACUCUUCUGGUGCACGGUGAUCUGCUACACUGCUGUCAGGUAAAAACACGGAAAUCCAGGCUCUUGUAAACUUGCGUUUCGAUCUAAACAUAAUCGUGCCAAAUUAUAGCAUAAAACACAACAAACUUCCCUUUCAUCAAAACCAAACGGGGGUCUCUCUGACUCGUGGAUCAAACACCACAUGGUUCUUGUAUCUGCUUCAGAAUAAAUCUUGGAAAAAAGAAACGCCAUUUUUGGUGGGUUGGUACUAAAGCUUUUUUCUUGAAUGUGUGUAAUAGAUCGGGACGUAUUAAAUAACUAAGCCGGUGUUUGGGUCCGGAGGCCGGAUAGCAGCCUAGUUUUAUGCGGCGAUAAACGUUCCACCUCUUGCGGCUGUUACCUUGAAACGCUUCUUUAUUGGGCUUUGUAUUGAAGUGUCGACCUGUAGCUACGCUGUUCAUUUGUAGGACCCUUUUAAAUUAUUUUAGAUAGUAUCCUACUAAAAGAUGCCACUUGAUGCUGUGGCUGCAUGCUGGAAUAUAUGAAAGGGAAGAAGAGGAGAACAUGGGGAAUGAAAGCCAUCCUCUAUUUGGCUAUUUUUUUAAUGAUAGGAUUUGAUCAAAUUUCAAAAUUGGCAUUACCUAUAUCAAAUUCGCUUUUCCAGAUAUUUAAUCAUUGUAACAACAAUUGACUUAAUGUUGUUAAGUACUGUACACAAUAGCUUUACUUUGUUUCUUUAUAAAAUAAAAUAAAAGUAGCUAAAUGCGCUCUGCCUUCAUCAAGCAGGCUGCUGGCUGGCAUCAAUGUCUUUUCAGGCCAGUGCGACCAGUGUCAAUGGUUAAUGUGUUAAUAAACCGCUGCUUUCGCUUUGUAUCAAAACGUCAGGAAAGUCGCAUUUGGAAUUCACUUUAUCUCCUUUCAGUAUUUUAAUGAACUUCACCCUGGUUUUCACUGUGAAUACAGACUGGGUUUAUUUAUGAAGGUACAUUCAGAAGAUGCAUUUUGAAUAUGUUGUGGUUCUUUUUUCAAAUCAAAUCUAUAAAGAAUAUUUAGGGUGAUUUAUAAAGCUGCUUCAGACUCUCAUACCUUAGUUUAAACUGUCCCGUGUGGAGAUUCCAUCGUGUCACAAUAAGCCUAAAUUUGUCUGUUAGAGAGACUCUUCGUUGUCCCUUAUGAGCUCAUGUUUAGUUUUCUUUACCAGCUACCUCGACUGUAAAGUAUUCGAAAUCAUUGGAAUCUUGCUCACACACAGAUUCCUGUAGCCUAUCCCCAGCCCUGUCUAUGCCUACAUAAUGCGCAUACCUACACAGACAUUCAAGUAGGCCUAUCAGAUAUUUUGGCAUUAGGCCCAAAUCAUAUGUUUUUCAAUCUACUGAUUUAAACUAGUGGACAACGUAAGGCAUUUAUUUAGCAAAGGAACACUGUUUUAUUCAUCAAACCCGUUUCUUUCUCAUUGUGACCCGGGACAAUUUAUUUUCCAAACUUCAAUCUGACAAGCAAAAUGUUUUUCUUUUUUUACCUUUCUGUAAAGGUAUGGUUGCAAACACAUUGCAUAUUUUUUAAACAGUUGAUCGCGUUAUAUUGUCGUUCUGUUUGAAGCGUCUAUCUAGUCACAUAAAUUGAAUUCUAUUGCAUGACUUAUAAAUGCAGGGAGUUUUAUUGCACAAAAAGCGGAGCCUUUUACGCCCCCUGGUGCCUGUCCGGGUAACUGCAGGAGCUGAGGCCUACAAAUAGUUACUACUGAGCAGGAGUAAUACACCUAUCAAUACUGUUAUAUUAUGACGACUUAUGUCAACAUGACUAUUGCAGGAUAUCAACAAAAACAUGUUUUAAAAAACUGCCUGCUACAUUUCGAAAGUCAUGGCACCCUAAUGUUUGUUUCAAUGCUGCUUGUAUGUUACUUUUGAUUUUCAUAUUUUAAUUUUUUAUUCAAUGGCCAGUGAAAGAUAAAAACCUAAUAACAUCACAGUCAUUUAAUGAGAAGCCCAUUGUGUGUGUGUGUCAGAGAGAGUGCACGUAUGUAUGUGCCUGUGUGCGUGCAUCUGACUAUUCUGUCCUGUGUGAGGUGUGUUUUCCUGGCCUUGAGUUGCUACCUGGGUCUGCCCUUCCCACAGUUAGAGAGACAAAAGACUUACCUUCCAUAUACCUGGAAAAACAAACUAAAGCGAUAGGAAGAAACAUCAAGGAAAAGAAUGGUAUUAGCGGAAACAAAUAUGCAUCGCUUGUCUUAAACUUGAUCUUUUUUUAUAUAUUUUUUUUAUAUAUUGCACUGAUGACUGUUGUUGAUGAAGUUGGCUUUUUUAUCAAGUCGACAUUACAUUUUUUUCUGAAUAGAAAAAAAAGAAACACAACAAAAUACUAUUGUAUAAAAAAAGCUCCAGGUUGUAUAGUCUUUUGUGUGUUAACUUUGUGAAACGUUGUGCUUUUGCAAAGGUUGUUUGUAUCUCUGUGAUCGGGUGUAUGUAUAUAUAUAUAUAUAUAUAUAUGAAUAUAUAUAAACGCUGAAAAUAUCUUGGAGCACUUUCUUUUCUGAAGUGCUGUCCUCCUGUUAUUAACAAAGGGGAAAAAUACAUUUGAUGGUAAGAUCAUUGCUACAAAAAAAAUUGCACGGUGUAUAUGGUUGUGUUACUCAACAGUGUCAUAACAUUUAUGGCCCGAGAGUGGACGACUGGAUAAGUGUAAAUGAAUGAGAUAAAGUGCUGAUAUUUUUUUUUGGGGACUGCAUUGUGCUUUUGAUUUGCUUUUUUUUGAGUGAAGCAAAAACUAAUGUAUGAGUUUCACGAGUGAUGCGGAUGUUCCAUCGUGUUGUUUUCUUUCGGGUUUUGUUUUGUGUCUUUAUUUUUUUUUUUUACGUUUGUUACACUGUGAUCAUGGUGAUUUGUGGUGAGGAAACGAGUGCUGUAAUGUUUGUGUACGUUUGUGUACAAGCCAGUAAAGAAAUCAUUAAACUCUU